GAAUUCUACUAAUUGUCAUCCCCACUUCAAAAUAUAAAAUAAAAUAAAGAGAAAACAGACACACUAUUACAGCUAUAUAUACACUGUCUCUUGACCACAAUAACCAUCAUAGCCAACUCGCCCUGAUCACCAAGUAGCCAUGGCUAUGAGAACCCUAUUUCUAGUAUCCCAUGUCUUAGCAGUAACCCUCCUCUAUGCUUCCCUUGCCCAAGGGCUCAACCCCAAAUGCGAGACAGCGGACCACGGCUCAACCCUCCAAGUCUUCCACGUUUACAGCCCAUGCUCCCCAUUCAAGCCCUCAAAGCCACUCUCAUGGGAUGAGAGUGUGCUCCAAAUGCAGGUCAAGGACCAGGCCAGGCUCCAGUACCUGACGAGCCUUGUGGCCCGCAAAUCUGUCGUGCCGAUUGCCUCCGGCCGGCAAAUCAUACAGAGCCCCACGUAUAUUGUCAGGGCCAAGAUUGGGACACCAGCUCAGACCUUUCUCUUGGCCAUGGACACGAGCAAUGAUGCUGCUUGGAUACCUUGCAGUGGCUGUGUUGGGUGCCCAUCAACGACGUUGUUUGCCUCUGAUAAAUCCACCACCUUCAAGACCCUCGGCUGUGAAGUAGCUCAGUGUAAGCAGGUACCCAACCCCACUUGCGGUGGCAGUGCAUGCAGUUUCAACUUGACCUAUGGCGGAUCCACCAUAGCGGCUAACCUGUCCCAGGACAACAUCACCUUAGCCACUGACUCUGUUCCUGACUAUACCUUCGGCUGCAUACAGAGAGUCACGGGCAGCUCAACGCCACCACAGGGCCUCUUGGGUCUCGGCCGAGGGCCACUCUCUCUUUUAUCCCAGACCCAAAACCUUUACCAAUCCACAUUUUCUUACUGCUUGCCCAGUUUCAAGUCCCUCAACUUUUCUGGGUCUCUGAGGCUCGGCCCUGUUGGGCAGCCCAAGAGGAUCAAGUACACUCCCUUGCUCAGAAACCCUAGAAGAUCAUCACUGUACUAUGUGAACUUAAUUGCAAUUAGGGUUGGUCGGAGAAUCGUGGACAUUCCGGCUGAUGCACUGGCAUUCAAUCCCACGACAGGCGCAGGGACCAUCAUUGAUUCUGGCACUGUCUUCACCCGGCUAGUCCAGCCGGCGUACAUAGCCGUGAGAGACGAGUUCCGAAGGCGUGUGAAUAAGCCAGGAGUGUCAUCCCUAGGUGGCUUCGACACAUGCUACUCGGACCCAAUUGUUGCGCCCACAAUAACAUUCAUGUUCGCAGGCAUGAAUGUGACACUACCACCAGACAACAUACUGAUCCACAGCUCAGCAGGCAGCACCACAUGUUUAGCCAUGGCAGCCGCUCCCGCCAACGUGAACUCGGUGCUCAAUGUGAUAGCCAACAUGCAACAACAGAACCACCGCGUGCUGUUCGACGUUCCCAAUUCGAGGCUUGGCGUGUCUCGUGAGCUCUGCACCUAAUCUUGCUUGUUGGGUUCCCAUGCCAUGUCCUUAGCUCAUGCUCAUGUCAUUUUGGUACCCCAUUUUAUGUAUAAUGUAUUUGGCUUUUUGCCCGGAUUUAGUUCUAAGGUUUAUUAUUAUUAGUAUUAUUUUUUGAAUAAGUUCUAAGGUUUGCUAUUAACUGUACGUGUUUAAAAGGGAUGGAUGAGUAGGUACAAGGUCCAUAUUGAAGUGUCAUUUUGUAGUUUUGUGGUGGAGGUGUGUCACGGGAUUCUCUGUAGCCAUCUUAAUUUGUCUUUAUUUAGGAUGAUCAUCACUAUAUUGGGUAAGGUACAUAGUCACGGGUUGUAUUUUGCACCA